AUGGCGAUCGAGAAGUGGAAUGGAAAACCUUUGAGUCUGAAGGUGAUUGGGACGUGUGCAGGCACGUCGAUGGAUGGCCUGGACAUUGUGCACAUCCACUUCACCCAGGAGAGCCCAGCGGCUCCCUUGAAGAUGAAGCUGCUGCGGUACGGCGAGGUGCCGUUUGAUGGGCCGCUGAAGAAACGCGUGAUGCGUCUCAUCAGAGAAAACAAGACGUCACCUGAGGAAAUCGCCAUUGUCAACAUGCAGCUUGGAGAUUUCACCGCCGAUGCCAUCAUCCAGUUCGCCAACGAACAAGGCUUCAACCUGCAGGACGAAGUCGACGUGAUCGCCGGCCAGGGCCAGACCAUCUGGCAUCUGCCCCUACCAGAACUCUUCGAGGGCGACCAGAUCCGGGCGCACAUCGACAUGGCCGAGAUUUCCGUCAUUGCGGCCAAGACGGGCGUCACGACCAUUUCGGCUUUUCGCGUGGGAGACGUCGCGCUGGGUCGACAGGGCUGUCCGCUGUUCGUGGCGUUCGACGGGCUCUGCGCGACCCAUCCGACGCUGAACCGCGCCGUGCAGAAUAUCGGGGGCAUUGCCAACAUCACCAUGCUUCCGGCAGGCGACGUGAAGCAGGGAUACGAUUUCGACACUGGCCCUGGCAAUGUCUUUAUCGAUGGGGCCGUCCGCUUUUUCACCAAUGGCGAAAAACAGUACGACAAGGACGGAGAGAUGGGAGCUGCAGGCAAGAUCGACCAGGAGAUCGUGGACGAAGUCUUGCAAGGGCCGUACUUCUUGCACGACAUUCCCAAGACCACGGGUCGCGAGACGUUCGGAGAUAACUUUAGCGAAGAUCUCUGCAAACGCAUGCUGGCCAAGGGCGCAACGCCAGAAGACUGCGUCGCGACAAUUACACGCAUUACCGCACAGUCGCUGGCCGACGGAUACCGGCGAUGGGCUCCCGAGGGAGGCAUCGACGAGAUCUACCUCGGCGGAGGCGGGUCAUACAACCCGAACAUCAUCAACUACCUGCGGGAGCAAUUCCCGCAGACGAAGAUCCAGAUGCUGGACGUGCUGGGCAUCCCCUGCGGCUCGCGCGAGGCGAUGGACUUUGCGUUCAAGGGCCUGGAGUGCAUCCUGGGCCGGUCGCUGAUCGUGCCGCAGCGCGUCGAGUCGGACCGCGCAGGCAUCAUCGGGCAGAUCCAGCCGGGGAAUGGGCCGCAUUACCACCGGGUGCUGAAGCAUGUGCAGGACUUUUGGGGGGACUGGCCUUUGGAGAAGAGGAUGGACCCGGUGUUGAAGAUGGAGAUUGUUGAUGAGUUGGGGGUUGCGAAGAGGGCCAGAGGAGAGUAG